GACGCUGCUUUGGCUGUGCAGUGGAGGAGAUUGUUGUGUUUCCUUCAGUAAUUUUCUUGUCAUUAUUAUUUUGAAGAUUUUUAAUCCUAGUGCGAAUGACAGUCUGUGAAGGACAGAGGCACGUUUCAUGUAGUGUAAACCGUCGAAGAAUCAUCUCCAUGGAGGUCGUGGACAGCCCGCUCAACCUUGCUCACCAGCAGUGCAGAAAUGCUGACCGUUUGGUAGCUGUUGGAAAGUAUGAAGAGGCCAUCUCCUGCCAUGGAAAAGCAGCAGAUUUUCUGACUGAGGCAAUGAAGACAACCGAGUGUGAGCAGGCUCGCUUGUCCAUGGAGCUGCAGAGGGACAGUCACAUUAAACAGCAGCGACUGAUCCAAGAACGCUGGAAGAGAGAAGCUCGGCGGGAGGCAACUAAGACACGACUUGGCCUAGCGCUUCCCGGGCCAGGGCUCAUUGCCAAAACUUCAUCCACAGGCAAGACCCAGCCCUUCGUCUCUCCAGGUCUCUUAGCUGCAGAGAUGGCAGGAAUUGGCGAGAGAGAGUACGACACCUUACUCUACCAGCUUCAGACUCGACAGACUGGAGGAAGCCAGAUGUUGACUCCAAUGUGUUCUGGCUCUAAAACCACUAAAGAUGACAAAACACGACUGGAAGAACAACAGACAACCAUCGAAAACUUGCGGCUCCUGGUUGAUGACCUGACAAACGAAAACCAGCGGCUGAGAGCCGAGAACAAACGGCUACAAUUGGAAAAUAUGCGGCUGCACUCGGAGGCAGCUGACUUUGUGGAGCGCUCUGAGCUCUGGGUACUCCCACAAGCAGGUGGUCCUGUGGGAACUGGAGUUGGACAAGCGGGAGGGAGCACACGGAAAGGAAAGGAGAUUGCAAUCCCUCAACUGCCACCACUGGAAAUGCCAGCUCAGGAAGAUCUGUGUCUGGAUGACCUGCCUCCACUGGAGCUGCCAGAGGAUAUCCGUGAACUGCAGGAACUGCUAGACAGGGAUAAACUGUGAUAAGACAGAUCUCUCACAUACAUGUGGUUCAACCAAUAUGGGUUUUGAUUUAAGAUGCCAAAAUACUACACACUGAAAGCUACGAGCUCAGACACAUGAGACCUCUGGUCAUGUUGAAGGUGGGCAGAUUCUCUGCACUACUAAGAGUCAGAACACCAGACAGUCCUUACAGAACAGGUGCAACCAACAAAAACAUCUGACAAGGGAGAGUAAGUGAUAACACUACUCCCAUUAAUACAAGGCAGAUAAAGGAACCGUUCACUCACAAAUAAUGCCCAAGAGAACGUCAGUGAGUUUGUAUGUCACCAUGGCUUACAGUGAGCUUUGUUUAGGGAAGGGGGAGGAAAAAAACAGACGUUGACAGGAAUAUGUUCUUACUUUAAGGUCCACUGAGCAGGUUUUUCCAAAGCUUUCAGGUUUGUCUUAGUCUUUUACAGUAUUGUCACAUUACCCAAAUCCCAUAUAGAGCAUUUGAUGACAGCUUUGUUCUCUCAACAAUAACAAAAGAGCAGAUUAUAAUGGUUCCCACAGAUUUAGACUUU